CCGUUUGUUUUGUUUUUGUUUAUGGAGGACCGUGACCGUGGAAGAGGUGUGUUUCGGUUUGAACUGAAAUAUCACCGAAAAUUUAAAGUACUAUGUCUUCCUCAUGGAAGAAUUGGUGCCGUCUAUGUGCCAAUUUGAACAGUGGUGUUUCAAUACUCAGUGAUGGAACCAACCAUGGCCUGAGUGAAAAGAUAAAGAAAUACUUGUCCAUAUCGGUUCUAGAAGAGGACAAAACAUCACAUUUUCUCUGCACAAAAUGCUAUGACCACCUGGCAGUCUUUGAUAAAUUUGUCAACAAUUGUCUGCAAGUCCAGACAAUGUUUUCUGUUCUGAGUGAGCUAGUAGAUGAAGACAUUGAUGAACAACGGGUUCAUGAAAUACGAAGAGAAUUCAUCUCUCCUGAUCUUGAUGUUUAUCGUGAGAAGCCUUUGAAUGGACCUACAAAUCAGCUAACAAAGAGUUCCUCGUUAGAAGAAAGGAAUCACUUGGGUGACAAAAUCAAGGAAACUGGGAAUUGCAAAAAAAAAAUUUCCCCACCUAACAGUAAAACUUGUGAAGAAAGAAUUGGACAUUUAACAGAAAACAAUAGUAUUGGUAUUCGUAAAAGCAGCCGUAUAAAAGCAAUGGCAGAGAUUAAGCAAGCAUUUACAGAAGAUGAAAUUUUGGGGGACACACUGGAUUCUGAUUUCAAUGAGGAUUCUUUUGAAAACCUGUUAGACAGUGAUGAUUCCUAUCAACCUGAUAAUGAUUUCAAAACUGACAACAAACUUUCCCAGAAUUUGUUUAACAAUUCUGACUCUAAACAAGCUCACUUAUUGGAAUCCAAUAAGGUAGAGAGAGAUGACAGGUUGUGUGAAAGCAAGAACUUGGUAAACACUUCUAUGAUAAAAAUCCAAGAUGAUUUAAAAUUGCAAGAAAACAUUUCAAACAAUGAAAUUAACUCUUGUUUAUUGCCAAGUGAUAUGAAUUCAUUGAGUGACACUGACUUAAGUGAUUUUAUUUGCGAAGAUGACGAUGAUGAAGAUCCCUUAGAUAACAUUGAGAAUGGAAACAAUAAUGAUAACAAAGGAUAUAGAUUAAAUGGAUCCUGGAAAAAUGAGACUAAAUGCAAAACUGGAGAAACUGAUAAACUGUCAACCCAGCAGCAGCAUGAGAAGAUUUAUGAGCUAAGUGAGAUGUUUGAAGAUCCUGAUGAUCCAGAAAGUGACAACUGGAAUAAGAUUUCCAAUGGAAAGGUUGAAGAGAAAAGGAACUCCAAAUCAAAGGAGCCUUACAAGUGUGAACAGUGUAAUAAAUUUUUCCUUCGUAAAGCAUUGCUUAAUGCUCACAUGACCUCACACGUGCCGAAAGACCAGCAGCCCUUUGUUUGCUGUAAAUGUGCGAGGCGCUUUCAUUGUGAGGCACUCUUGCGGAAUCAUGAACGAGUUCAUCUACCCAAUGAAGAGAAACUUGUUUAUCCUUGUGACAUCUGCAAGAAGAAGUUUAGCAGUAAAUCAGCAGUGACUGCACACCUCAAGGCUAUUCAUUAUGGAGAGAGGCCUUUCAUAUGUCAUCUCUGUGGCCAUAGCUUCUCAUCUAAAGGUGUUCUUCAAGAACAUCUCACAAUACAUAGUGAUGAGGAACCAUGGCAUUGUACAAAAUGCACCAAAAAAUUCAAAACGAAGUAUAGACUAAAAAUUCACAUGGACACCCACAGAGAUACCCCUUACAGUUGUCCCCACUGCCCACUUCAGCUGUCCACUCGGCGUACACUUCGCAUGCACCUUGUUGUUCAUCGAGACACUAAAGCAUAUCAAUGUGCAACAUGUGGAAAGGCCUUCCGAAGGGCCAAGGACCUCAAGAAUCAUAAUAAUUUACAUACUGGGCGGCGGCCAUACACGUGCCCAUUUUGUUCUCGGACUUUUGCCAAUGGUUCAAAUUGCCGCUCUCAUAAGAGACGCAUGCACCCUGAAGAAUUAAGGAUGUAUGAAGCAGCUCUGGCUGGAAAUGGUCAUGUUGAAAUGAUAACUAAUUCAACUCCUCUAGAAACUGAAGCAACAACAACAGACCCAUUAAUUCCACAUCAGGAUAUUGAUGAGGAAGGAAAUCAGUCAAUGAAAGAAGAUAGCCAAGAUUCACUACUGACUGAAAUGGCUCUGGAUCUUCAGCAACCUCAAAUGUUAACUGACAAAUCAGGUCUGACAAGUGUUCACGAAAAUCCAGUUGUGACUGCAGCUGAUCUCACUUUGGCUCCACUAGUCACUUUGUCAUCAACUCUCCCAAAAUUAGAGCCAGAUGAUUCACGUCUUGUAAUGAAUCUUACAACCCAAAUGCAUGAUGCUCAUGACUCAAUGGAAGCAAUGUCACCUCUCAAUUUGAACAUUAUGUCACCUAUGAAUCUCAAUAUCAGCUCACCUCUAAACCUCAACAUUAGUUCACCUUUAAACCUCAAUAUUAGCUCUGUGCUUCACUCCCCAACUGGAAGGAAUCAACAGCAACAUUCUGUGCAGUCUCAGCAUCCCCAAAACCCAAGUCGAUACCAACAAGUACAUCAUCAUGUGCCGCAACAACAGCAUACACAUCUUACUUUACAACCAGCACAGCAUCAAAAUCUUCAACAGUUACAGCAUCACCAUCAGCAGAUAAAUCAGCAACCUCAGGUGCAUCAACAGAUGCAUCAACAGCAAGUGCCAAGAUCAAGUUCUCUUCAACUGACCACCCUACAAACGCCUCUCAAUCCACCUAGUACAGUCCAUACACUCACAUCACAAACACAGUUACCAGCUCACCUCAAUAACACUGUUCACCAUGUGCAACAAAUACAAACAUUUGUACCUCUCAAUCAGCAAGGAACAAUGUACAAUCACCACAAUGUUCAGGACUCUGUGUCAUCUGCUGCUAUUGUAGCUGCAGCUGCUGUGGCACAUUCCAUGACUUCAUCCACAACUACUUUACCUCCUUUCUCUAGCAAUCCAUAUGUCCAACAGCCCAUGUCAUAUGGCCGAGGCGGCCAUAUGUAAUUAUGUCCUUGACUUGUGUAAUUUUUAGGGGCAUUAUUACCAUCCCCACUUUACCCUCUACAAUUAAAACACCCACAGGUCCUUGUGAUGUUUAAUGUUGUUAUUCUGUCCCUUUCUUAGAUUUUCUUUGUACACAAAAGUAGAAAAGUCAAGAGGCUCAAUUGAAGGUACAUGUGUGUAGUGUACCUGAAUACUCGAAUAGGCAGUGGCGGAUCCAGUGACGGCCUGAGGGGAGGACAAAGUAGCAGUUUUUGCCUACUAAGAGAGGCAAAGUGUUGCUCUUUGCCCACCUUUCAGGCUAUCUGGGGGUGAAGGGAGGGGCAAUUGUCCUUUUGCCCUCAGGAUCUGCACUUGCUAAUCGGGAUGAUUUGUCUUGUUAAAGAGCAAUGUAAAAGAUGUUCUCUGCUCCAUUCAAAGAUCUCACGCUUAUUAAAGUAACAUAUUUUAACAAAGCUGAAGUGUGCCUUGCCCUUGCUGUGGCCCCGCCCACUCAGUAUGCUGAUAAGUUGUAAAUAAAGGUUUUCCUGUCUUUUUGUAAUGUACCUAUUAGUAAUAACUUUUUAUAGUAUGUUCAUGAUAGAAUCAAUGAUGGUGAAACAUAAUUAUCAUUUUUAAUCCCUUUACAGUUGUGUUACUUUUCUUCUGUAUGUCAUCAGAGUUAAAGUAAGCAAUUUGAUCAAUUGUGCCAAGUAUCUUUUCUGUAAAAUUUGCCUUUUUAUUUUAUUUUCCUGGCAACGUUUUUUCAACAGGUAGUGUUUGAAACUGUUCCUUGACAAGGUUCUUCAUACAUUGUAAAUACUGUGAAUUAUGUUCAGUAUUUGAGUCUCAAGAAAAUGCAGUUUUAGUUUUAGGUACUGCGAACUAGUUUUUGAGACAGAUGCCUUGGUAUCAAUAUAAUGUUUGUUAACGUUUAAGUGAGGCCAUAAGUCCCUUUGUAUUCUUAUAUGAAGCAAGGGAGUGAAACUUGCAUUGUGAUAUCUUAUUCCUAUUUUGGCCAUUUAUUAAUGGAGUUGAUGUAUGUGCCUGUUGUAUGGAUAAUUUUAUCAAAUAAAAUGAAUGAAUCAA